GUGCUGUAGUGUAAGAGCCAACUUAAAGGACUGAGAAGAAGUGAGUGAAAACCUGCAGACAUGGCAACAAUCGGGGAAUUCGACCCGCUGAACUCCAUCGUCCCCGCCACCAAGAUCGAGGUGACCGUCUCCUGCAGAAACCUGUUAGACAUGGACACAUUCUCCAAGUCAGAUCCAGUGGUGGUGCUGUAUGUCCAAGGACUUGGGACUAAGGAGUGGAGAGAGUUUGGUCGAACAGAAGUGAUCGAUAAUACCCUGAACCCUGACUUUGUGAGGAAGUUUGUCCUUGAUUUCUUCUUUGAAGAGAAGCAGAACCUUCGCUUUGAUGUGUACAAUGUCGACACCAGGAGCUCCAAUCUAUCCAAACAUAAGGAUUUUCUUGGCCAGAUGUUCUGCACAUUGGGGGAAAUCAUCGGCUCAACUGGCAGCAGGCUGGAGAGGACACUGUCUGGGAUUCCUGGGAAAAAGUGUGGAAACAUCAUCUUAACUGCAGAAGAACUCAGUAACUGCCGGGACAUAGCCACAAUGCAGUUCUGUGCAAACAAGCUAGACAAAAAGGAUUUCUUUGGCAAGUCUGAUCCAUUUUUGGUCUUCUAUCGGAGCAAUGAGGAUGGAACGUUCACCAUCUGCCACAAGACUGAGGUGAUCAAGAAUAAUUUAAACCCUGUUUGGCAACCUUUCACCAUUCCUGUACGAGCACUUUGCAAUGGAGACUACGACAGGACAGUGAAGGUAGACGUUCAUGACUGGGACAGAGAUGGAAGUCACGACUUUAUAGGAGAGUUUACAACCAGCUACAGAGAAUUGUCCAGAGGUCAAAGCCAGUUCAACGUCUAUGAGGUUUUGAAUCCCAAAAAGAAAGGCAAGAAGAAAAAAUAUGUAAAUUCAGGGACGGUGACGCUGCUGUCUUUCAAAGUUGAGUCAGAACAUACGUUUGUCGACUUCAUCAGAGGAGGGAUGCAACUCAAUUUCACUGUGGCCAUAGACUUCACAGCGUCUAACGGUAAUCCAUCCCAACCAACCUCACUACACUACAUGAGUCCAUACCAGAUGAAUACGUACGCUAUGGCCCUGAAGGCUGUGGGGGAGAUUAUCCAGGACUAUGACAGUGACAAACUCUUCCCAGCAUAUGGAUUUGGAGCGAAACUUCCUCCAGAUGGCAAAGUCUCCCACGCUUUCCCUCUGAACUCCAAACCAGAGAACCCAAACUGUGUGGGCAUUGAGGGUGUAUUAGAGGCUUAUUUCUACAGUCUGAGAACUGUUCAGCUGUAUGGCCCAACCAACUUUGCACCUGUCAUCAACCAAGUGGCCCGGUGUGCAGCAGAAGUGACUGACGGCUCCCAGUACUUUGUGCUGCUGAUGAUCACAGACGGCGUCAUCUCAGAUAUGGCUCAGACCAAGGAGGCGGUGGUCAAUGCGGCGCCCCUGCCCAUGUCUAUCAUCAUCGUAGGAGUGGGCCCUGCUGAGUUUGACGCUAUGGAGGAACUGGAUGGAGAUGAGGUCAGAGUGUCCUCCAGGGGGCGCUUUGCUGAAAGAGACAUUGUCCAGUUUGUUCCUUUCCGGGACUAUAUCGAUCGGUCAGGAAAUCAGGUCUUGAGCAUGGCCCGGCUGGCUAAAGAUGUCCUGGCAGAGAUCCCUGACCAGUUGCUGUCCUUCAUGAAGAGUCGGGGGAUUGAACCCUGCCCUCCCAUGCCUGCUGCAUCUGACUCCCCUGUGAUGGCUACCACCACUACCACCGCCACCACUCAAGCCUCCAAGGAACGCAAAAAUGCACACUUGAAAUAAGGGCAGGAAGCAGAGCAGUGUGGUUGGAUGUGAUCAUGGGGAGGUCUGUGUUUUUGAGAGUGUGCAUGUGUGUGAUUUAGACCACAGCAAAGCAAAAGUAAAGUUGAGAAUGGAGGCUCACCUACAAGAAGAACGUGUACACUUUAGCUUAGAAAAUGUAUUUUGAGUCUCAUAGUACUGAUUUUUGUCAUUGUCUGUCGAUGUUUGCUCUCUGCAGCGGUACACAAACUGUACUAAAUGGCUUCAAACGUACUUAAAACUGAACACUUUCAUCCUCAGUUAUCAAUUGUAAGAUUUCAAAUGAGGUAAAAAUGUCAUUUAGCUUGUCA